AUGCCAGAAAAUGCUUUUCAGCGACACCAGCUUGAGAAAUGCCGCCGUUUCGAGCACAUACCGCCGUACCAGGCGGAGAAACUGCUGAACAGUAGCCACCAGCUGCGAGCGCCUCCUCACGGGCCUCACCUCGGCGGAGAAAAGGAGUUCGGCCCGGCGAUGCUGCUGUACUACUUGGCCAGCGCGUUUAAACACCUGCAACCUCGCGUCGACGACGACUUCGUCGACAAGCUACACUACUUCUAUACGACGACCAUCCUCGUCUCGUUUGCCAUCCUCGUCAGCGCCAAACAGUACGUCGGCUUCCCGAUUCAGUGCUGGGUGCCGGCGACGUUCACCGACGCCAUGGAGCAGUAUACGGAGAACUACUGCUGGGUGCAGAACACGUACUGGAUCCCGAUCGAAGAGGAGAUACCCCGUGAAAUUUACAACCGCAGAAACCGCCAGAUCAGCUACUACCAGUGGGUGCCGUUCGUGCUGGCGUUGGAAGCUCUGCUGUUCUACGUACCAUGCAUUAUUUGGCGCGGUCUGCUGUACUGGCACUCAGGAGUGAACUUGCGUGGGCUUGUGCAAAUGGCGUGCGACGCUAGACUGAUGGACCCCGAAUACAAGAUGCGCACCGUGUUGACGAUGGCCAGGCACAUGGAAGACGAGUUCGAUGUGCAACGAUUUGGCAACAUGGAGCGAGGCAAACAGUGGGAUUGUGUACGACGGCUGUUCAACCGUCACUGCGGCUGCUAUAUAACCCUUCUGUACAUCGGCAUCAAACUGUUGUACGCGAUCAACAUUGUAGUGCAGUUCUUUCUGCUGAAUCACUUCCUCGGAACCGGAAACGUUCUGUACGGAUUUAGUGUGCUAAAGGACCUGUUUAAUGAUGUCGAGUGGGAACAGACGGGUAUAUUUCCGCGCGUGACUUUGUGCGACUUUGAAGUUCGCGUUUUAGGCAAUAUUCAUCGACAUACGGUACAGUGUGUACUGAUGAUUAAUAUGUUCAAUGAAAAAAUAUUCCUAUUUCUGUGGUUCUGGUUUCUGAUGGUCGGCAUGGUGACUUUGUUUAACACCACCUACUGGCUGGUGAUCAUGUUCUCCCCCAGCCAAGGACUCAUGUUUGUGAAACGCUACCUAAGAAUGGUAUGCGAGCAGCCGAAUAAGGUCUGCGCCGACGAACAGUUGCUUAAGAAGUUUGUAAAGGAGUUUCUGCACAAAGAUGGCAUAUUCAUUUUGCGAAUGAUUUCCUUCAGAGCCAGCGAGCUGGUCUGUUCCGAACUGGUGCUGUCUUUGUGGACGGCCUUCAGCAGCGUCGAUCGGUCGACGUCCCAAUUUUGGGAAGUAGAAAACGAUUCUAAUGUAUGA